AGGGAGAAAUCCAGAAUAUUCCCAUAAAUAAUGGGGCAGAAUGCAAUACAAUUAACUUCAAUUCCUUCAGACUUCCUAAAAGUCUAAUUGAGAGAGAGAGGGAGGGAGAGUUGGGAAAGUCAUUUUCCUUAUAAAGAAAUUUUCCCAGCGCAAUUUUAAUUUCAAUUUCCAUUUCUGUAAUCUUUGUGGAACUUUUAAGACCGCGUUUGGAUCUGCGCGAAGGAGAAGAAUGUCGGGGAAGGGUGCUAAGGGUUUGCUGACGGGGAAAACCCCAGCGUCAAAGGACAAAGACAAGGACAAGAAGAAGCCAAUUUCUCGCUCCUCGCGCGCUGGCCUUCAGUUCCCCGUUGGGCGUAUUCACCGACUUUUGAAGGCCCGAGUCACUGCCCAUGGCAGGGUGGGUGCCACAGCUGCAGUCUACUCCGCAGCCAUUCUAGAGUACUUAACUGCUGAAGUGUUGGAGCUGGCCGGGAACGCAAGCAAGGAUCUAAAAGUGAAGCGUAUCACACCACGGCAUCUGCAGCUGGCCAUACGUGGAGACGAGGAGCUCGACACCCUCAUCAAAGGAACCAUAGCCGGUGGAGGUGUGAUCCCACACAUCCACAAGUCCCUAAUCAACAAGUCAUCCAAAGAGUAAACGUUGAUGCCCUUUUGUUCUCUCUACUGUUUUGUUGAAGUUGCAACGGCGGCCUUUCGACGUGCUUUUCACGAUUUUUAAGGUAUUAGGGUUACGCUUAGUCUGUGUAAAUUCUUACCUGCGAUAUUUUGCUACAUGUCAUGUAGACAAGAAUAGUGUUCAUUGUCAUCUGUUUUAAGAGUUUUCUUGGAAACCUUUCUUUUC